AUGAAUUCAUACGUCGCUGGAUUUAUAGUAGCUCUGAUCUUAGCGCUAUUGGUCAUUGCAUGGAUAACAUAUUGCAUGUUUGUAAAAGAGAAACACAAAUCGGAGUUCUACCACCACAAUAUAUCAGAUCUGCAACGGAGGAACGAGAUUCUUGGGCAGGUUGAAGAAACUGCACCGCAGGAAAAAGAAAUCGACGUUGGCACCUUAGUUUUGCCUUCACGACAUGAGAACAAAGAUGAAGAAUCUGAAAAGAGACUUAAUAGUCUCCUUCCAUCUUUUUGCUUACUGGAUAUUCAUUAUCCAGAAAGCACUAUACAUAUAUCAACACCCAUCACUGAGAAGUUGAUGGAGAUAUUAGAUGACGGCGAUACUGAUGCCAACUACUGA